AUGGAGAUCCAAAAAUCCACUCUGGCCUGGACUGGACUGGGCGUGAGCCAACAGGAUCAGAUAAGAGAGGAAAACUGGGUCCCCAGAGCCCCACUACUUAGAAUUUUGGUUUCCCAACCAGUUGAACCCUCUUUCUCCCCUGCCCCCACCCCCAGGCCCGAGGCAACAGCACUGGUGAUUGAUGCAUCCACAGGCAGCCCACAGAGCCAGAUUCUUCUCUAUAUCACCAUGGGGCUGCCAAUUUGUCUGCUAAUCUUUGUUUUUUCUGAGAAUCAUUUUCCUCUUCCUGGAAUCAGAUCCAAUGUUUAG